AUGUGUCAGGUCCAUGACACGGAGUGUAACUUUCCAGAAGCAGACUCUGCGAGAAGAUCGGCAUAUUCUCCACGAAAAGCACCAUCCAGAAGGAAGCAGGCGAGACUCUCUCAGAGUAGACAGUCGCUGGAGCAUCGAAAUACGCAGAGUCCUCUUGCAACCGUUUCGGAGGCCCCCAGAGCAUACAGAGCGUCUAAUAAUGAUCGAACGGAAGCAUUUUAUUCCCGUGGAAAUAAACAGCAAGAACUCUCCAACCUGAUGGGAAUUGUUUCCGAGACCGGAGACGAUACCUCCCACAUCGUCAGCCCGGCAAUCGCAGAUGACAACCAUGUCUUGGAAAGUUAUUUGUCAACACUUCCAGAUAUACGGCGAAGAUGUAUUAUUCACACGAAUCCAAGCUCCAACAGGCCGCUCAGACCGGUGCUAUUUAAUACUGUCCCCAGGCGGCCGCUCGGUGUGACAGCCAACCAAUCGCUCGCGGCCAUGAAGUGCGAGAUUAUUGAGAAAUAUCUCGAGCCAUAUAUUGAAGAAGUGCUCUAUUUCUUUUAUUUCCCUUUAUUCCCUAGUACUAAUGAAUGGCAUAUUAGAUUCUUCGAGAAAGCCAACCCCUGCUUUCCGAUAUUCGAUAAAGCUUCCUUCCAAACCGCCUUUUCCACACAUAAAGACAAGCUUUCUCCGGCUCUACUAUGCAAUUUAUACGCCAAUGCUUUGAUAUAUUGGGAUUCCUCACCUAAAUUGUCCCGCAUUCGCUGUCCUGAUAUACGAUUUAUCUGGAAUCUUGCAAGUGAGGCGCUUCACUCGGAAUUAUUCCUAUCGCCAGGAAUAUCAUCAGUAAUCAGUAUCAUUCUCACAGUCGGCGGGAGACCAAGUACGUCUAUCUUUGGGAAUGGGGGGAAGGUGGGCACUGCUGUGGCCUUGUGCAAUGCCAUGGGGCUGAACCGGGACCCGUCUCAUUGGAAUAUCCCCCCAAUCGAGAAGAAGUUUCGCAUUCGGAUUUGGUGGUUGGUUGUUAUACAUGAUAGAUGGUGCAGUUUGGCAUAUGGAACACCGUUGCAGAUUCACCGUGCGCAAUAUGAUGUGCCCUUCCCAACAAUAGACGACCUCGGCUCCUCGGACGCAUCGCCAUUCCAGAUUGCAGCCGCUUCAGUCUUUGUCGCAUUGACUAGUUUGACCGAAGUACUGAGCUGCUACCUGGAGCACGUGUACAGCGUAUCCAAAGACUUCACGCUGGAAAAGUCGGCUGCUGAGCUGGAGCAGCGCUUUAGCAAAUGGGAAGAGUCACUAAGCGACGAUAUUCGCCUCCUUCUGCGAGGAGUGCAUCUCCACGCCCAAGGUGCAGCAAACUUCCGGCUGGCAUACCUCUCAGCCAAGCUUCUCCUACGACGUAUCCAACUAGACCUCGACAAAGGCUCCAAUCAAUUUGACGAAGAGACAGUUUCCCCUUUCUAUAUGCAAGCACAGCGUGCUGCAGAAGACAUCGUGCACUUAAUACAAGAGUUGGAUGAAUCGCAUUUAAAUGGGUUCUGGAUUCCCGUUAAUGCUUUCUCGCUCACGUCCUCUACGACGUUUCUGUUACGAAGUGCUUUGCGGAUGAAAACUUCGCAUGAUCGCAAUUCCUCUCUCAGGAUGGCCAAGCAUAUGGUCGAUACACUUCAUAUUUAUCAGCAGCGCUCUUCUUGGGAUCUUGCAGAUCAUUGUCUGGCAAACUGUGGGGAUUUGAUCGAAAAGAUCAGUUCUGUUGAAGCUUCCGGGGGAGAUUCUUGGAGUCCUGGUUUUCCCUACUUUUCGGAGUACCUGGAUUUGGAUGCUUCGAUUUUGGAUGAGCUGUUUACGGGGUUCCCACUUGAGAUGUAG